UCUAAAUGCUGGAGCAGGCAGUCCCGCUGUCUUUCCGGCUUCGGAGGCAUUCAGUUUACGUCUUUCUCGUUCGCUGUACGGAUCAGUAGGCGUGCAGAAUGGCGCUCAUUCCGCUGUUUCUUCUGGGCUUAAUUGCGCUUCUAACCGGUGUCUAUUUGUAUAUAAAGCAUAAUUACACGUACUGGCGAAAGCGUGGAGUUCCGUACCUCGAGCCAUCGUUACCAUUUGGUAAUAUCCGCGCAUUCAACCGCAUACUGCAUAGUUCCCAACGGAUAGGGAGGCUCUAUGACCAACUGAAAGGGAAGGGUCCUUUUGCUGGCAUCUACCUCUUCCACCAACCCGUUGUUUUGGCCACAGACUUGGAUUUCGUGAAGACAGUUCUCAUCAAAGAUUUCAACUCUUUUCGGGAUCGUGGAAUGUAUUUCAAUGAAAGGGAUGACCCGUUAACUGGAAACCUGUUCUCAGUAGACGGACCAAAGUGGCGGCAAUUAAGAUUAAAACUGACACCCACUUUCACGUCGAGUAAAAUGAAAUUUAUGUUCCCAAUCAUCGUGGAGGUGGGCGAGCAACUCCAAAUCGCAUUGAGAAAACAAUUUGAACAAAGCCCGGAAGUUGAAAUUAAAGACAUUUUGGCGCGUUACACAACCGACGUCAUCGGCACUUGCGCUUUCGGUAUAGAGUGCAACAGUCUCAAGGAUCCGCAGGCGGAAUUCCGAGUGAUGGGGAAGAAGGUGUUCGAUACACCUAGGAGCGGUAUUUUCAAAAGGAUAUUCAUGGCCACCUCCCGGGAUCUUGCUAAGAAGCUGAAGCUGAAACGGUACCACGACGAUGUCUCUGAGUUUUUCAUGAAGGUGGUUCGCGAAGCCAUUAACCUACGAAAGGAUCAUGGAGUUCAGAGGAACGAUUUUAUGGAUUUACUGAUUCAGUUAAUGGACACCGGGAAAAUCAAAGAUGAUCCGGACAGUGAAGUUGGGAAAAUUACCUUCGAACAAUUGGCGGCACAGGCAUUUGUAUUUUUCCUCGCUGGUUUCGAGACUUCAUCGAACUCAAUGGCGUAUGUCCUGUACGAAUUAGCGCUUAAUCAGGACAUUCAAGAUAAGGCGAGAAAGUCAAUCGAUGAGACACUGAAGAAACACGACGGGCAGCUGACUUAUGAAAGCCUCAUGGAGAUGACUUACAUUCAUCAAAUAGUUUAUGAAUCGCUCCGCAAAUAUCCGCCUAGUGGCCUUGUAUUCCGCGUUGCCACUGAAAACUAUUCUGUGCCCGACACCGACAAGAUUAUCGAAAAGGGUACAAUGGUGAUGGUUCCCGUCUACGGUAUACACCAUGAUCCGGACUUUUACCCAGACCCAGAAGUCUUCAAUCCCGAUCGCUUUGCACCUGAUGCAGAAAGAAACGCAAAUGCAUUCCUUCCAUUUGGGGAAGGGCCACGGACUUGCAUUGGACUCCGAUUUGGUUUGAUGCAGGCACGCGUUGGAAUCGCUAUGCUUCUAAGACAAUUUAAGUUUUCCAUAUGCGACAAAACGAUGAUUCCAUUAGUGUUUGCAACAAAUAAUGUAGUAUUGUCACCAAAGGGUGGUCUUUAUCUUAAAAUCGAGACUGUAUAGAAUCAUUUGAUAGAAUAUCUAUUAGAUUCUACUUGAGAUAUCCAUAUAUAUAUAUGAGCACAAUAGCCACCAAAUUUUCACUCUUUUCAAUAUUAAUAAUUUAUUUCAACUAUUUAAAGAAUCCAUUCAUGAAUUUCAAAUAGAAUGUUGUAAGUAUUUAUAGAUAAGCCUUACCUCUGUCUGGUGAAUUCCAGGCUUCUACUUUAUUCAGAAGCUCAAUCUUGACGUACCUCUCAAGCUGAAGAAAUCACAUGCAUGCAAUUUCAAAUGAUGUGGGUAACAUUGAAAUUCACAGCCAAAUAUUUGUGAUAUUGUGUUAUUUAAAGAUAUGUCCUUAUAUUUGUACUUACCAUAUUAUAUACAAGAAAUGUGUACAUAAGUAUCUUAAAUGUGCAUAGCUUACAAAAUAAAUUAUAUCAACGAAAUUCCAAUCUUC